GAUUUAUGGACUCAUAGUGAUGAUGAUAUUGUCACGCUAUUGCGGGGUUCCACAAGAAGUAGGGCAGGGCUACUGGAUUAUCGACGUCAUCGAAAAAUGUGUAUUUUCGCCGUGUUCUUCGUUUCGUUGUAAUCCUGUUUCGACUUUUGAAACACAUGAAAAGGUACACAAUGGAAACAAAUCAAGUUGAUGAGUCAAUGUCCAAUGCACAAACAUUUUUUAAAGUUGAAUCUGCCACAUUAGAAUCAAUUAUUAUUAUUUGGCCUAUAGAAUUUAGAAACCAGUAUCUUUAAAGAUAAAGCCUGUUAGUCUAGUUUAAUAUUUAAUCAUAGUAUGUCACUUUAAUUACUUAAAAUAAAAAUUGAACAGUAGAGACAGAGAAAGCCUACUUACUACUUUACCGACUUUACCACCGUCCCGAGGAGUGCCCAUAGCCUAUAGUUAUAGUCUAUAGCCGUAGGCCCAUGCCUAUGGUAUGGUCAAUGGUAACUAUGGACUAAUUACAUCAAUAAUAAUAAUGGCCUAUUCACUAUUUAUACUAUAGUAUAAAUAUACUAUACUAUUCACUAAUUCUUACAGAUUCUUAAUCUUAAAUAAGUGAUAAAGUAAAAUUCAACUAAAUAAAAUUAUGAGAAGGUCAAUGUCAAUGGCCAAUGGUGUUUUCUGAAUGAUAGACAAUAGUCAAUAGACUAUAGACUUGGAGACAAAUUUAAUUGAAUUCUUGUGUAAGUGUAAAUAAGUGUUCUAUUUUAUUCAACAAUAAUAUACAUUAUAAUUUUAUUCAUUAUACAAUUCAAUCACAAUGAAAAUACAACCAAAUCAUUUUCCGUUCACAAUCAUGUUAUGUCAAUAAUGAUGUCAAUGUCAUGUUUUUGUACAUUACUGUCAUUACUGUACUGUAUACUGUAAUGUCAUUACUAAUUACUCAUUACAGUACAGUAAGUAAUGUCGGUACUUCAAUUUUAAUUCACCGUAAAAAAUAUUAUUCAUAAUUUCAAUAAAAGAAAUUUUCUUUUGAAUAAAAACUUUUAAUUAAACGCAAAAAAUUAUAAUACAUUAUUUCAUAUUUCCAUUGAAACACUUAACUAAUAAAACAAAUGAUCUUUUGAAUAAAAACAUAUGGUAUUUACUUCUUUAAAAGUCCUCUGCUACUGUGGUGGCCAAAGUUGAACAAUAUUGUCAAGAAUGGCGUUGAAGAUAUUCAAACCAUUUGCUUCAACACGUCGAAGCCACAUGAACUCACACAUAUAAGAAUUGAGCAUAUGUCUGUGUGUGCCAUCAUAGCGCUUGUUUCUCUCUUUUGCUGAUUUCCAUGUACGUUCAAUGUGUUGAGUAUUGUCACCUGAGUUUGGAUCCACAAAGUUAACGGAAUGAUUGACCGUUUGAUGAGUCAAUCCUGGAGGUGGGGGCAAUUGCAUUACAUGCUCUCCAUUGAUCUGAAAGGACUAUAGAAGCAGUUUUAUUUAUUAAACCGGAUAUAGCUGCAAAGAAUAGAAUUGAAGUAACGAUAAGUUUUGCGGUGAAUUAAUAUGGAAGUACCAUAAUGAAUAAUGUCUCCUACUCCUAAGCCUAAAAUUUUUGUAGCUGUCCAUGUCUGCAUAGACUAUGACUAUACUAUACAGUAUUAGUAUAAUAUAGUGCAUGCUGUCUUAGUAUUAGUAUUAAUUAAUAAUUUAAUGAAUAAUACCAUCUUUAAUUUACGCUAUUCGAUACCACCUUUUCCCCCCGAAUCAACAGUUGGGUACUUCACUACUUUUUUGACAUGGCUGCAAUCUUUGUUGUCAUGAGAUCAGUGUCAGUCAUGUAAAAAAUGUAGUACCCAACACAGUACCAGAUAGCUAAACUCUUUCUAUGUCAAUUGACAAUAAUCAACGUUGAUUUAACUGGCCACGUUUGUGCCAGUCGUUUCGUCAAAAUGAAAUGAUUAUCAUGAUGUUGAUGAUAAGGGACCUAUAUUUUAUAGGGCUAGGCAUAAUUAAAUAUUAUUUCCAUCCUCCAUUAUAUAGCACAACUUCUCAACCUGAGCAAUGACCCGAUUUUGUAGAAGCAAAAUGAUGCGCCCCUCCCCCCCCCCUCCCCCCAACCCUACCAAUUUCAAUAAAUUUAAAAGCCUCAAUAAUCAAUGUUAACGAAUAAACUUACUCAUUUAGAAUUAGGAACUACAUAUUUACAGUGGCCAAACACAGGAGGUGCUUUGCUCAAAUACAAUAGGCUAUUUGUUCCGCAAUGCCACUCAUUGUUGUUGCCCCAGAUAGUUUAGAAUGAUUGCUUUUUAAAAAUUUUAGCUUAUGCCUUUUAAAUUAAAUUAAUCUCUGUGUAAAUUAACCACAUUAAAUAUCACAUGUUGUAAUUUUGUUUGCCAUAAGAAAAUUAAUAGAGGAUAAAAAAGCUACUCAUAUAUAGGCCACUUACAAUUUUAAAAAAAACAACUAAUUAAUUUUUUUUUAAAGUAACUUAUUAUAAUUGAGAAAAAAAAAUUUAGAAGGUCAAUGGCCCAGAUAAAAGGCCUACUUAUGAUUACUUGCUGAUCUAAUACAUGUGUGGUAAUUUUUAGUUGUCUGUUAUUUGACCUAGACCUAAAAAAUUUAUCAUCUGUCUUGUUAAUAGGAUCCCGUCUAUUCUUUGAAAAUGGGACCUGGAACUGGAGUAUUUAAUGCCUCUAAACUCUAACACCUUAGUAGGCAAACUUGGCCAUCCCUGGAUAGUAAAGGCCUUAUUAUUUUUCAAUAUUGCUGAUUGUUCCGUUGUGUAUUCCAUAAUUUUUUUUGGAAAUUUUUAAUAAAAUGUCAGUAUUUUAAAAAAUAAUUUAUGUCUCAUUAUGUUAAUUUUGGUAGGAAUAAACAGUUCUUUCAUCAUAGUUGGUAGUGGUAGGCAAAAACAGUUCUUUCCUCAUACCGAUAGUGCAAUAUCAAAUGGGAAGGGAUUAAAUUCUUUUGAAUGUGUUUUAUUUUAUUUGAGCAAAGAAUUAAACCAUUUAUUGCAUGGUUUUGAUAAAUUUUCUUCUAAAAAUUAAUAUAUUUUUAUAUUUGAUAUAUUACCGGUAUUUUAUUUCUAAAUGCGAGGAAAAUUUUACUAUUUUGCUGUUUAGUGUUUAUUUAAGUACCGUAACAAAUUAUGUUGUUUCUUUUUUUUCAGAUCCAAAAAUUCUAUCAUGCCUGUGUCUAACAGAACGAUAAUUUUUGUAGGCAAUUUCACAUUGCUAACAUUGAUAAUAAAUAUAUUUCUUUCAUCUGCCUUGACACUCUUAAUUUCAACAUUCCUGGUCAUAGCUGUACAUUUUAUGAAAAUCCCUCGUAUUGAUGAAAGCAAGAUCAGUGAAAAUAUACAUAACCUGUUCAAACUAGACAAAAAUAAUGUGCUAAAAAAUACAAUUUUUCAUAAAGGGGGUGCAUUUCAUGCUCCAGAAAACACAUUGGAGGCUAUUGAACAGGUAUGUGAAACUAACAUUAUUGUUUUUUAAUGACUGGGGAAUCAUAUGCUUAAUCUUGACCGUUUUUCUUUGGACUUAUUGAUAGUCUUUCGCACGCAAAGAUAAUGAAGGCAAUUUUCGACUUGAGUAGUAGCCUUGACUUGAGCUGUAUUUUGUUUAAAGUUAGGGAAAGUAACUCAGUUGACAGCCUCACUCUCUUAUCCUUCUUGUCUAUUUGUUCCAAUGGCAAGGCUGAGUCAAGAUGACUAGAAAUAGAUCAGGAUGCAGUAGGUGUACAGCAGUGUCUAAUGUUUUUGACUGUGCUCUUUAUGUGUUCUGGAAUCUCCAGAGUUGAUUUCAUAGUUUGCCUUCUCUUAGACGAGUUGCCAUCCAUCCGGGGUGCUGGUGAUGUUUUUUCUACGGAUUGAACUGGAGUCCUUUUUAACUAGGGAUUAACUCAGGUUAUACCACUCAGCACCUUCCUUUGGAAGUUUAUACCACUCAGCUAUGCAGCACUCUUUUUUGGACUUGAUAGCUAUUGACUAUGGUGGAUAAUGUCAUUUAAAAUAGAACAGGUACCCAAAAUGGAUAAUCUUGAUUAUCACUUCCAUCAAUGACACUACAACCCAUGUAGGGCCCUGGUCUGCUGCACCACAUCCUUCUACUCAGACCAAAUAAUGGCUUUUGGUUGGACCCCCAGCUUAUGUAAAUGUGUCAUCAUUUUAUCUCAGUCUUGGUCAACCUGUGAACAGCCUGCCUUUUGGUACCUUCAUUGUGAAUUAAUUACCAAUGUGUUUUAGGCAGAAAGUAAAUACCAUUUUGGGAAAAGUAUGGCAUAUGCUCUUUGCAAAAGUUAAAACUGGAACAUAUUUGGUAGCCUACUAUUCCACUUUCUAGCAUAUUUAUUUAGACUUAACAUUUUCAAUGCAUUUUCAAGCUGUAAUCUAGUAUUAAAUCUGCUCUAUGGAUGCUUUCACUCUUAAAAUAAGGAUACCUUUUAUUGGCCAGGUAUUCCUAUAUAAAUUUUAGAAAGUAAUAUUUGUUUUAAUGACCCAUCUGAAAUGUUUAUACUGUAAUUGUCAUAAAUCAUGCAACCACUUCCAGGCCGUCAAAUUGGGUGUUUCAUCUGUGGAGGUUGAUCUUGAUUUUACAAAAGAUGGAGUAGGUGUCUUAAUUCAUGGUCCAACUGUAGAUGAAACAACGGAUGGUAAAGGCUUAGUUUCGGACCACACACUUGAGCAGAUUCAAAGUCUUAAUGCCGCUGCCAAAUUUCCAAACAGGUCACUAGACACAGCCGUUAGUUUUUUAUUUUAUUUAUGAUCAAACACAAAUGUUCUUAUGCACUGUUAGCUUUUUUAAAAUUAAGAUUUAAUAUUUUAUUAUUUCAACAGUAUAAGUAUAAUACAUUACAACAAAUUAUUAUUUUAAAAUGAUUAGGGAUUAAAAAAUUUUCUUGAUUGAAUUCAAUAAUAUUUUAGGGAUGAAUUUCCAGCAGCCUGUGUACCAACACUUGAAUCUUGCAUUGAAUUAUGCAUCAGACAUAAGCUGGUUGUCUUCAUAGAUUGUAAAAGUAAUCCAUCAAAGGUCAGUUUAAGCUAAAUAGAAUUAGAAUUAAUCAGCUCCUUUUUAAACAUUUUCUUAACCCACAAAAUUGUUUUUUUAUUUAUCAUUAAUUAUAUUAAAACAACAGGUGCUUUGAACCUUAGAAAUAAUAUAAUAACACAAGAUAUCAUCUUUUAACUGUUAACAUAUACCUUAGGCAAAGAAGAUUUCAUUUCAAAUCUCUUUAUUGAUAGACUGCUGAUCUCAUUGGGAAACUCUAUCAGAAGUACCCAAAGUUGUAUGACUUAGGAAUCGUCUGUUCUUUUUAUCCAACAAUCAUUUAUGCUGUAAGUUGUUUUAUGUUAUAUUAAAUCUUUUAAUUGUACUAUGUCUAUGAUAAAAUGUUUUAUUUUAAAAAAUGAAUAAAAUUUCCUUGGUACUCGGUAAUAAGGAUUCAUAUUUACUGUUUAAGGUUUUGACAAAAUAUUGUGGGUUAGACAAAUCUGUUUUGUUUCAAUGUUUAUUUUCUAAUUUGCUCAUAUUUUUAUGCACAAAAAGAUACAGUAAAUAACUCUUAUUAAGCUUGCAAACUAGAGCCUUCAUAUAAAUAUAUUAUUUGAUCUUUCAGAAUGUAUUAGAAGCAUAAAAUACAACUCUAAUUAUUAUUUUGUAGAUUAAAUAUUUUAUUGUUGAUGUAAUCCUGUACAAAACAACAUACAGUAAAAUCCAAAGGAAAAUGUAUUAGUUCUGUAAAAAAAAUAGUCUAUGUUUAUCAUUCCUCUUACAACUCUCCAUGUUAUUUAGGUGCGCAAGGCAGACCCAAACAUUCUGACAGGUCUGACUCAUCGUAAUUUUAUUCUGAGUCAACUUGGAGGUGGGAUAGAUCGAAAUAAAGAAUUAUGGAAGAAAUUGAUUGCACCAUGGCUUGACAUUCUACUUUCCUGGGCCCACUGGUCAUUCCUGUGGUAUUUUUGUGGCAAUUCUUUCUUCUUGUGCUGCAAGGAUAAUGUUAGUUUGUAAGUAGUUUUUGUUCAUUACUUUUCUUUAUGUCAUUUAUUUAGGGGUCAUCCAUAAAGAAUGUCACGCUUGGGAGAAGAUGAGGGUCUAAGAAAGUGUGACAGUUUGGGACUGGGGUGGGGGGUUAGAUCAUGUGAUGUAAAAAAAAUAGCAUGACAUAGCUUUGUGGAUGGCCCCUUAAAAGCCUUUAUUAUCAUUAAGCCUGGUCAAACAAAAGCACUUAGGAUGCCAGCAGCAUAACAAGCAUCUUCUUUCUUUCAUAUGGUCAUCCAGCUGCUGGUGCAUUAUCAAAUAAAUGUUAUUAUUAUUUUUAAUUUUGAAAAAUGAAAAAGGCAAAUCGAAUGGAUUUUUUUCACAAAAAUGGAUAUUAUUCUCUGUCAGGUAGUCCCGAGUUAAUAAUCAUCAUCCAAACAUGCAUACCACCUAAUAUUAAAAUAAAUUACCGGUACCUAAUUCCUUGAUUGCAUCUGGCCUUAAGAAUAACAACUAAAAUUAUAAUUAUAGUGCUGUUAUAAUAAUAAUAUAUCCUAACCCAUUAAUUGAAAGAAAAUAAAUUAUUCACAUUGUAAGUAUACUAUUUAAACUUAAUAAAAAUUAAUUUAUUAGAAUUGAGUGUAGAAACAACAAACAUGGAACCAACCGGAAUUUUAAAAAAAUUGGGGGUCAUUCAUGGGCAAGCUACUCUUCUUUACACAACUUUGGAUCAGGUGGAGGGAGUGUACAAUUUAUUAAAAGACGUACUGAUUCAUUAGGUGUACACUUGAGAAAAUAAUGGCAGUGCAUGUAAUAAGUGUUAUUAAAUGUUUUUCAGUGAUAACAAAAAGUUUUGGGACAGCCUUGGUGUCCGUAUGGUGAUAUGGACUGUGAAUGACUCUAUAGAGAAAGAAUAUCUGCUCAAGACCCUUGAAAUCCCAAUAAUCACAGAUGGAUUCCAUAGACCAAAGUCCAUACACUAAAGCUAAUCUUAAUAAAAAUUAGAUAUAUUUUAAAUUUAGGAAAAUGAAUAUGGAUCAACUAAUAUUGUGGAUAUGAUAUUUUAAAUUUAGGAAAAUGAAUAUGGAUCAACUAAUAUUGUCAACAGAUUAAAAAUACUUUAAUUCUGUGGAUAAAAUAAAAAGAUUUUUAUUUAUUGUAUUUGUGUCAUUUUUUAAAAAGAGAAUUUGUAAAAAAAAAUUUUUUGCAGGUUGAAGACAUUUUUAAAACAAUUACCAUUACACCAAACCUUCUGUUUAAUUAACAUUUUAUAGUUUUUGGAGUCAAACAAUGUAUCUCAAAUUGCCAACUUCUUUCAUUAACUAAAUAAUUUGUAUAAUAGCAUUCAUAAAAUAAACUAAGUCAUUCCAGGAGGAACACCCUGUUACUUUAACUUUUAAAAUUUUGCCGAAUUACUUUCUUUAAAAUACCUGACCCUUAAAUCAAGGGCAAGCCUCGUAUCACUGAAAACUUGUGAUUGCAGAAUUAAAUAAAAGGAAAUGAGUGAAACAGAAACAAAGUAUGGGAAAACCUGAAAAAAAGGAUGCAACUAAACAACUAACUUUAAUCAGAGAACAAACAACAGUAAAAACAAUAUGAAACAAAAAUAAACAAUAAACUGCAACGUCGUAGUAUCUGAGAGUACAGCAAGAGGAAUGUCAACAGAUUUAAACAAGUUAAUAUUUAAUUUUAGUACAUUGAACCAAAAUUUCAGCAAUAUUCUAGUUCUAUAAAGACAGGAAGUUGUUAGAAAGCUUUGAUAGUAAUAGAGCACUUAUUGUACUUAUCUUAUUUUUUUAUUUUUGUGUGUUCCUCUACACAAAGUCACAAAGAUGGCCAACCCUAAUGGCCUCACUGCCAUUUAUAUCUGGGUUCACGCAGUAUGCAUGUCAUAACUCAUAAUAAAUAUUCUUCAAAUAAGCAAUACACAUAUUUAUUAUUCAAUGCACAUAAUGAAAUGCAAAAUAAAACUUAAU